UAUCUUUCAGGGAAACAGAUAUCAUCUACAAUAAAAAAUUAUGUCCUAUUGCUAACAAAAUCGAAGUAGCUCAAUUAGUAGGAUGUAAAGUGACACAGCAAUGGUUUAUUGACAUGAUGAACGAUUCGUCAGUGUCGGACUUUUGGUUUAAAAAAGGUCUUACUACAUGGCUUGCAACGUAUGCUGUCGAUCAGACUUAUCCUGAUUUUCAAAUAAUAAAUUUAUUUGUAGUUCAAAAUCAACAUUACUCUUUUAAUUUGGAUGGUUAUUAUAUGUGGCCUUCUACUUCACAAGUUAACAGUUCAUUAGAAAUCCCCAAUUCUAUCAGAGCACCCUUUAUACUGCGCAUGAUGCAACACGUCCUCACAGAUGAAAUAUUUCAGAAAGGCAUAAGGACAUAUGUAUAUAACUUAUCACAUAGUGACUUUAUGGAAGUUAUGAGACAUCCAGCUUUAAUAGCAAAUGAUGAUAUUAUUUUACAACAAACAAAAAUGGAAGAUUGGGCUUUGGAAAAGUAUUGUCCUCUCAUUAAAGUAGAACGUAAUUAUUCUGAUUCAAUGAGCCCAACAAAUGUACGGAUACAAUAUGACGACACAUUAAAAAUUCGCUGCAUUUCUGUAACUUUCACUACGCAAACAUUUCCCGAUUUUAACAAUUUUACUCAUCAUAUGGUAUGCACGGAAAAGGAUUUGAAAUUAUCAUUACCAUUUGAAGAAAAUGGUUGGAUGAUUUUUAAUAUACAACAAACUGGAUAUUAUCGCGUUAACUAUGAUGAACGGAAUUGGCAAAGAAUUUCAAAUUAUCUAAACUAUAAUAAUUACAACAAAAUUCAUGUUCUUAAUCGUGCCCAAAUUAUCGAUGAUGCAUUUCAUUUAUUGAUAGCAGGCCAACUCCAUUCUUUUGUAUUCUGGGAUAUCAUAAAAUAUUUGCAACGAGAAAGAGAUUAUAUAGCAUGGUAUCCUUUUUUUAAAGCUCUGGAAUACUUGUCCAGUACUUUUAUAGUCUUGGAAGAAGAAAUUGAAAAAUUGACGUCUGAAGUAAGACAAAUAUUACACGAGAUACUUACAAGAAUCGAAUAUGAAGAAAUUGAUGAUACAGACGUACUUAGAAACUGUUUACGACAAGAAGCUGCAAGAUGGGCAUGUUUUUUCGGUGACAUCACUUGUAAGAGAGUAGCCAAUAAUAAAUUAACACAACAUCUCCAAGAUCCUGCAAAAUACAAACUUUUGCCAUGGUGGAAGGAAUGGACAUAUUGUAAAGGUUUGAUGACUACGAAAAGCGAGUCCACUUGGCACUCAGUGUUUGAUAUAGGAGUGAAUAAAGCUGACAUUAAAUUCUUGGAAUACUUAGCUUGCCCUGAAAAUAUUGAUGUCAUCAUUUAUUACUUAGAAUAUAAAGAAUAUCAUCUUACGAGGAGAGGAGAUUAUCAGUUUCAAUUUAACAGUUUCUUACAUAUUAUUACGAAGCAUGCAAAGAAUCUAAUUAUACUGAAAUACAUAUUAGAUUAUUUUAACGAAUUAAAACCAAAAAAUGUUAGUACAACUGCAGCAUUAAUUACUAUUAUUAACAACGUAUAUUCUGUAAAUCAAACUAAGGAAAUAAACAAAUACGUUCAAAAGGUAAAGGCCGAAGCAGAUUUAUUUGAUAAAAUAAAAAACACAAAACAUUUUAACAGUUCUCACAUAGAAAAGAUUUUUAUAAAGCGGAUUUCUGAUAAAAUUGAAAGGCAGAUAUCAAUUCGCAACAUGCAAAUCAAAAGACAGAGAGAGUGUUUUGGCAGAUUUUUCUUCUGGUAAAACAAUUUUAAAUAAAAAAAAUUGCAGCUUGGCAUGGGUGGAUAUACUUCAUAUAAAUAAUUUUUUUAUAUUGUAUGUACUUUAUUUGUAUGUAAUUUAUUUUACUGUUUUAAUUAUUAUUUAUUUAGAUGUAUUACUAUUCGUUGCCUUUGUAUUUACAAAUAUUUAUGACUGCAUGCAUCAAGUUUUUCAUUUUUUUAUAAACUUGCUCUAUGUAAUUGAACUAUAUAUUAUUGCCUAUGUCCACAAGAAGAUAGCCAUAUAAUAUUACUAU